AAUCACGAUUGUUUGCGGUUUGUGUUGUUUUUGAUGGAUGCCUAGAUUAAUGAGACGAACUCCUAAUCUAACAGAGUAAGCAGAUUUUUUUUUUGUGCCCGUUGCCUGUACUUUCAAUGUUCAAUGAUUGAAGAAACAUCACAGAGGCAACUGUAGACACGAUGACGGUGAAAACAUGGUGGAGGUCUUUUCGGCAGCCCCUGCUCCGGGCAGUCUGCGUGUCGUGUUUUUGCUCCCGCCUUGGUUGUUUCGGAUCCUCAGUGGGGCUACGUCCGAGCGCCAGGACUACGGACGUAACGUCUACAGGUCAAAGUACACGAAUCGUUUCUGGCUCAUCAACAGAGGCUGCAGAGGCAAAACGCACCAGAUCUGGUCCCUUUCUAGCUUCAAAAUCGACCUCCAGGUGUGCAAACGAUGCAGAAGCCUCUGGAACGAUCCUCAAGAAGCGUUAUGACGAAGAAAUAUACAGAAAAAUGCGAAUAGAGGUCAUUUCCGGCAUUGCAAUCUCAGCAUGCCUCCCACUUAGUCGUAGCGUGAGCCUGUGGGUACUUCUUUACAAAAUGCCGUGGACAAGAACGCAGGAAAGAUAUACCCACUCUUUGUACGACGAGGCUCUUUCAAAACAGAUGCAGGAAAAAGUCAGAGUCAGAGGUUAUGAAUGCGCUACUACAUGAUUCUACGACAGCGCUAACGCUGGAGUCCGAAUAUUGGUAAAACCCUCAUCGCAUUGCUACUGGCGAGCACCGCUGUCGAUCCUGCGAGAUGUGAACUUAGGGCCUGGAAGCACUUGACACGGCAUGAGUAUGUACUUAAGCAGAAACUUUUUAAGCAGAUGUUGAUGUUGUAAGUAGUUGUUACCGCAUGCUUCUUUUUUGCUUUUGUAGAGCAAGCUAGAAGCUCAUCGCGUUUAGCUUCUUUCUACAACAAUGUUUCCUGGCCCACAACUCUAAUGCUGAGAAGCAUAUCGUCCGUGAUUUUGCCGACGACCUGGAUCAAGAGGGACUGAACGACGACGAUUCGGCAUCGAUAUUGCUUGAUGCGAGUAGCCAAGAAAUCAAUCCGUUUCUUACAUUCGGCAGCUCGAUGCCAGACAUCGACUUCAGCGGGCACGUCUUGCUGCCCUCUCCUCUACGACGAAAUACGAUGGAAGGGGCUUCUUCGUCUUUUUUAAGGGGUCGUGGUUCGGACGAUCUUGUUGCGUCUACUACUGCAUCUUCAGCGGGUCGCUCCGGAAAAAGGAAACAUGUGGGUGAAGAUCACCUAAAAUUCAAAACGCUUCAGGUUGGUCCCUGUUUUCCUGUUUCAGGCAUCGUGCAGUCAAUCAGUUCGCUCGACAGCGGAGCGAAUAAGCUGCAACAAGAUAUGGCUCUAGCAUAAUACAUAUCUUCUUACAUCAACGAAGCAUGCUGCUGCUGCUUGCAUCGUGGACAGUAUCUUGUAUCGGUCAUGAGCAUUGACCGGUUGCCUUCGUGGUCUGAGUUCAUUGUCAUGCAAUCCAAGACUUCAUACUUAAAUGUCAUGUGUGUGUCCAUGUCGCAGUUCCUAUGUAAGACUACCUAAAAGACAAGAACACUUCACAGAAGUUAUGGGCUAGACCCUCCUUGUACAACGAUCGGCCAAGCACCAGGCUAGUGCCCAAAAGAGACUUCAUAGUGAAGUUGAAGAUAGUUUCUUUCGUCUUUCUAAUGAUGUGUUGUACAACAUCUAUCGCUUUUCUCCACCGGGCUCUGAAAAGCAAGCGCUGCUUCAGCUGUUGCACUCCCUUCAGUUAAGGUUUUCGAUGUAUUCUAGGAUUAACCUUGUUGACACCAGUAUUUAGAGUAGAAACACUAUGUACAACAUGAUGUGGUACUUUAAUUAAGUAUCGUACUGUCACCACCAAUUCGAAAACGAAGACCAUACUGAGUUCAUCUUCAUCUAAAAGAGAAUAUUGACAAGAAUUUGAUGGCAGCCGAGGAUGCCCUUGUGCAUGGGAAUCUGACAGGAGGAGAGGACGUGCUCAGAUUUGUGAUGCAUCUAGCGACAGAUUGGUUUCCUAAAGGCCCCCUGGCGUUUCUGGGCCACAGUGAAGUAACUUUUAGCUAUGUCCCCGCCGAGGAGGACAACGCGACGAAGGACGACUUGGACGAAAACGAGAACGAGACGCCAGGAGUUGGAGUGUUCUUGAGUCCAUCUCCUGGUUCCGGUUCUCCUACACAGGCAGAGUCAAGAAUGGUAGAAAGAACCGGCGACGAGGAGCAAGCCUUGGUGUCGAAACGAGCAGGAGAUGACUUGCAGACACCGAUCAGGAGCGUUCCUGCCGAUAGUACAACAAGAGGUUCCUCGUCAAUAGGCGCACGAGAUCCUCUGAGAGGGCAGAUUUGUGUCCGAUAUCAAGUGGAUCAAGGGUCCUGGAACUACCUUGCUAUUGCGGGCGCAGCCGUUGCGGGUGGGACGCUUUGGACUACCUUGCUAACCGCCGUACUUUGCCAUCUGCGUUGCCAGCACCGCAGGUUGACGGAUAAACUGGUAGAACUUACGGAACGUCGUGUGAACGAAAGGCAGGAGGCUGCCUCUGAUAGCCGUAACUUGCAUGAAGCGGUGCAGCGUCUUGAAAACGUUCUGUCUGCCCAAUUACGUGGAACGGCUUGCGACGAAACUGUGUCAUUAUGGCUUAUGUUCGUUUCUUUAUAACUACAAGGUCGCGACUUCAAGAACUACAGGGUUAAUAGUGGUUUACUCUCAUUCUAUUAUAGGAUGUGAUUGAUGUGAAAGUGAAGACAUCAGAUAAGUUCAAGUAGUGCCCUGCACUCUCGGAGGCUGGUUAGUUUACACUGCACAACUCCUACGAUUUCUACUUCUGCUAGUGCUAGUACUCCAUCUCCAAAUUCAACCUUUUGAUUUUCAUGUGGCGAGAUCUUUCUCGGGAACGAUUCAGCACGCGCAACAUUGGUAUCCACGAGUGGGCUCGUGAGUACGCCAGAGAUGGAGCCACGCUCGUUUGGUGGAAGACGAAAUAGGUCGGUCUUGGCCUACAACUGCAUGACGACACCAUCGCGUUCUACUCUACGUGAGGCAAGCGCUGCGGCGGCAGGAGCAAUAUGUGAAGACGAAUGUGGGGCCGAAGAAGAGCGAGACUUUUGGGGAACAACUGAGCAUUUACGGCUAACUGAUGUUUUGAAUGCUUGCUGGACUGGGACGAGUGGAGUGCUGGAAGUGGUGGACUAAAGUACCCACCCCAACGACAUGUAUCCACCCCAACGAGUAUAGACGGUCUCUCCGGAAAACCUUCAACUUUUUAUUCCAUUGAUUCAUAGCGUAAGAAGUUUCUGGUAGUUCCUGUAGCUCUCAUCUACUAAAAGUAGAAGAACUAGAAGAGCCUUCGGCUACCGACGUCCAAGACGUGCCGCUUUUGCAGCCGACUCCGACGUCUCGCAUUCCGGUGCGACAGGCUAGUACCGAAAGCUUUCGCAUACACACCCCGAACCUGGAACAGGAUUUUGAGCUCCUGGAACAGCCUUUUGAGCUUCGGGAACCCGCUGACUCUGAUGAGGCAGUUGAAAAAAUGGACACUAAUUCGAGUAGAAACUACAAUACUUCGAGAGGAGCAGUCCCGGCAUCGUUAUUUCCUGCUGUGGUCGGAAAUAACGAUGCAGAUGAACUACAAGAGGAACUGAUUGCGGAAGAACAAGGUGGUUUAGAGGAACAGGAUUUGUAUCCUUUAGGUGGAGAACAGGAGAGUGCGCCUUUCGAAGUAGAUGACGUGGUAGAGACACCGCUUCGCACGCCAGACCAGCGGCUUACACGAACCGUAAUGCACUUUUCUCCUGAGGCGGCCGCGGGAGCUGACUCCUCUGCAAGCAGCAGCAGUCAGAGAAGGGAGGACUACGGUGAUAUCGUCCGUGAUAGCAAUCCGCCUAUACUAGCGAGUUCGCGAGGCAGCCCUCGAAAGGAGGAUGCUGGCAUUGUCUUUCCCAAAGUGAAAUUAUGGUGCGCAUUAUAAGUCGAGCUUCAUAUUAGUCAUAGUUGUUAGGGAUGGAACAGGAGGAAGAGGAUUAUUUUUGGUGCUUUCGCUUUUUUUUUAGAAGACGGUCAGUCUUGUAUGGGAUGAUAUCAGAGUAAUGAUUCCAAUCCACAAGCAGGGACAUACGUCAUAGACAGUCUUCUAAUCCAUUCUGCAGCAACGCGUUUCGAGGAUACUCCCGAGCAAACAACAUCUAGUGUAGGCGGUGAGCAGGAUCAGGAGUCAUCUUCAAGUGUGCGACCUUUGCCAGUAAUUGGCCUUUCCAGUGGUCCAGAGGAUUUACGUGCUAGUUUUUUGAGGACUGGUUUACACGGUUAAGGCUACCUCUAAUCCAUCUUAGAAGAUUAUUCUUUGGGACGAGCUCGGUUAUUUCAGUUUUUCGAAUGUAAGGAUGGAUCCCUCAUGCGUAUCCGUACGAGCGAUAUUCAUGAGGGAUCCCAAAGGGAUGGACUAGGAGUAGCUCUAACAAGGAUCAAGCAGCAGCCGAGGCAAGUAUGCCCCUGAUGGCACGCCAAUGCGUCUUCCCGGUGAGAGUGAGGAACCACGACUCUGGAUCCCGGAAACCCACAGAGGGACGCAGAAAAAAUACUAGAUGAAGAAAGCUAGAGCAGCGAGUCUGGACUGGUAUCUACCGCUUUUCUAGAUCUUGUUUGCAGUUCUACUUUUUUAGCUUUCAGCCAGAGAAGUAUGUGUCUUCCAUUUUUGUAAUCAACGGCUCGUGGUCGUGACCCUUGGUGAUAUACUUUUGCGGAGCAGAGAGAAUCAUGAGGAAAAUGCUUGGGAAUUUAACGCAUAUUUUUCACGUUGUUGUGUUCAUAUUUUCAGUAUCUAGCAGUCAUACGGACGAUUGAUAUUAUGUGGUAAAAGGCAGUCAGCAUAUUUUAUCUAGACAAUCCUUCACUAGCAUAAUCAGAGUCUUCACUUAAAUAAUAGUUUCGUUCGAGGGAUCAUCCUCAAGCUAUCAUGGAAGCUUGUUUUACAGAAGGAAAAUAGUUUUGCUUUGUGGAUCUGCGAAAUGGAAGUUUUUCCGAAGAUAAUCGGGAUAAUAAACGCGACUGUGAUUCUGUCAGAUUUAGAAUGAAGUCGAUUUCUUAGAAGAACAACAUGACCGUGAUCAAUAACGGAAAGAGCAAUCAGUCCUUGGCUGGAGGCACAGCGUUCAUC